CGACGUGCUGUCGAUAGCGCAACGCGAUGCAGCGUUGCAUCGCGCUCGCUCGAACGGAGGCUUGAUCGGAUUGUCGACGGAUGAGUGCGAGGACCCAACCCUCCUUACACCCGCAUCUCUUUCUCAAUCGGUCUCCAGCGAACUCUCCUGCGUCGUCUCUGCUUCUACCUCUCUUCCUCCGUUCCUCAUUCUCUCGCGAUUCGCGUCUCCUGUGCAAAAAUCGCCCCGUCGGGGCGAAUUCCGACGCUUUCUCCCCCCAAAGAUAGAAUAUUAAUCUCGGGAAUGGACUGACAGAGGAUUCAACAAAAUCAGAAGGUUCGGGCAAGAUAGUCGAAAGACGGUAACGAGACAAGGUGUCUGGACAAGGCCUCGGGCGUCCAAUCAUCAACAACUCGACUAUGCCAGCUGUUGCAAGGCCUGGUAGUUUAAAAGAUCCAGAGAUCGCCGAAUUAUUCGAGAAAAAUGAUCCGGAGAAGAUAUUUGAGGAUCUGCGCGAGAUCGGGCAUGGUAGUUUCGGGGCUGUUUAUUAUGCACGAUGCCUGGUUACCAAAGAAAUUGUUGCCAUCAAGAAGAUGUCUUAUCUGGGAAAGCAGACGGUGGAAAAAUGGCAGGACAUUUUGAAGGAGAUCCGAUUUCUUAGGCAACUUAAUCAUCCUAACACUAUAGAAUAUAAGGGUUGCUAUCUCAGGGACCACACUGCCUGGUUGGUGAUGGAAUAUUGUCUUGGCUCCGCAUCAGAUAUUAUCGAAGUACACAAAAGACCCUUGAAAGAAGAUGAAAUAGCUGCGAUAUGCGAAGGUGUAUUGCGCGGCUUGCAUUAUCUCCAUUCCCUCGGGAGAAUCCACCGGGAUGUAAAGGCGGGAAAUAUUCUACUUACCGAGAAUGGUACAGUGAAAUUGGCUGAUUUUGGGUCCGCGAGUGUAAAAUGUCCGGCCAAUAGCUUCGUAGGAACUCCGUAUUGGAUGGCACCAGAAGUUAUAUUGGCCAUGGACGAAGGGCAGUAUGAUGGCAAAGUUGAUGUAUGGUCGUUAGGAAUAACAUGCAUCGAAUUAGCGGAAAGGAAGCCACCCUAUUUUAACAUGAACGCUAUGAGCGCUCUGUAUCAUAUUGCACAGAAUGAUACACCAACUCUAAAUUCUCCAGAUUGGACCGACGUCUUUCGUCAUUUUGUUGAAGUAUGCCUGACAAAAAGUCCAAUCGAAAGACCAACAUCCGGGAAAUUACUAUCACAUCAAUUUGUCACCAGAACGCGUUCUCCUCAAGUUUUGAUAGAUUUGAUACAGAGAACGAAAGCUGCAGUCCGGGAAUUAGAUAAUUUGAAUUAUCGUAAAAUGAAAAAGAUACUGAUGAUCGACGCGUGCGAAACAGAGAGCACAGUUGGUGAUACUGACGAUACUCCUGAUGAACAAACAGGUGGUGAUAGUAGCAAAAGCAAUUCAAUUACCUCAGAACACUCAAUCCACUCGAUAGGCGUCUCGGCAAGCUCUCAAAGUUCCUCUACGAAUAGCCUGCCGCUGCCGAAUGCCGAUAGUAAUGACUAUUCUACGGGAUCUGUUCGAAAUCGGCAUAAAGUUUCAGCAGGCGGUGUCACUGCCAAUCUUCUUGAACACGGUGCCAAUAAUUUUGCGACAAUUAGGACAACUUCGAUUGUUACGAAACAACAGAAGGAACAUAUGCAAGAAGAGAUGCAUGAACAAAUGAGUGGAUAUAAACGAAUGCGAAGAGAACAUCAAGGUGCUUUGGUUAAACUAGAGGAACGCUGCAAAAUGGAAAUGGAGUCACACAAGCAGUUGUUGGAUAAAGAGUAUGAAACGCUUUUGCAACAAUUUAGUAAAGAGCUCGAGAAAUUGCAGCUGAGACAUAUGCAAGAACUGGAGCGCAAACUGAAACAAAAUCAAAAUGCGGAAAAGAAACUACACAAGGAAAUAACAAGCAGACAGGAGGCUGAUCGUAAAGCUCUGGAAGCUCAACAGAAAAGAGAGUACAAAGCUUAUAAAGAAAGAUGGAAAAAGGAACUUUCUCAAGAUGAUGUGACAAAAAGGCAACGAGACGCUACCCUUCAAAGUCAAAAAGACAAUUUGCGACAGAUGGAAGCGCAAGAAGAACAGCGACUAGCGAGGGGGCAACGAGAAUACUUGGAUCUUGAAAUACGUAAAUUCCGUAGAAAAAAGUUAUUAAUCUUCCACAGUCUCGAGCAGGAGCUUCUUCGCGAAGAACUGAACAAACGACAACAGCAAUUAGAGCAAGCACACGCUAUGCUCUUGCGACAUCAUGAAAAGACGCAAGAAUUGGAAUACAGACAACAGCGAGCAGUGCACACUCUCCGCGAGGAUCAAGUUCAUCGACAGCAUGCUACGGAACUUUGUAAUCAACAAGAUUACAUGCAAAGAGCGGAACGUGAUCUACGUAAGAAACAUGCGUUAGAGCUUAAACAGCAACCGAAGAGUCUCAAGCAAAAGGAAAUGCAAAUCCGUAAACAAUUUAGGGAAACGUGUAAAAUACAAACACGACAAUAUAAGGCAUUAAAAUCUCAAAUCCUUCAAACAACCGCCAAAGACGAGCAGAAAGCGGUCAUUAAGAAAUUAAAGGAGGAACAAAGACGCAAAUUGGCGCUUCUAGGUGACCAAUAUGAACAGAGUAUCGCCGAAAUGCUCCAAAAACAAAGUAUACGGUUAGAUGAGUCGCAAGAAGUAGAAUGCCAUAAUCUUAAGGAAAGAUUAAAUUACGAAUUAGAAAUUCUGAUGGCAUACCAAUCAAAAAAUAAGAUGCAAGCCGAAGCGCAGAGAAACAGGGAACGCCGUGAGUUGGAAGAUCGCGUAUCUGUUAGACGAGCUCUGCUUGAACAAAAGAUGGAAUUAGAAACUCAGGAAUUCCUUCGUGAACGUAGUGAACGUAUACGCCUGUUGCACGAAAGACAGGAACGUGAACUGCAGCAAUUCGAUGAGGAAAGUGCAAGAAUAGGAUUCAGUGCUCUGGCGAUAGCUGAGGCAUCAAAAGAAUCUUAUCCAGACGAUGAAAGCCUUAGUGGCUCCAUGUUAAGUCUGGCUCACAGUAAUAGCUCCACAUCCUUCCCCCCUAAUAGUCUAUAAUUUUAAUCAUAUUAAUA